GCUUGAAUCGAGUCUUUAGUCUCGGAAGUAAAGGCGUCGUAGGAGGACGCAGUUUUCGUUUCACGGCGCGUGAGCUCGUCGCGUUCUGUACGUAUUCUUGUUAGCAGUUUUGCGCGCUUGCUAGUAUUCCGGUGUUCCGUCUGUUGAGCGAUCGAUGAUAGAUCAAAGUUGUGUUACUUCAGCGUGGCAGUUACAGAUCUCGUGCGUAUGACGCGCUCAUGGUGAUAAAUUUAUGCAUUUUACGAUCGUUCAAUCGGAAAUAUCUACGUAUUGAAGCAGUGGCCAAGGAAGAUAGCAGUGUAUGUGUCUCAUAAUGAGCUUGUCGUCGUCAGCACCGUUACAUCCGCUGCAGAAACGGAACCCAACUGCCUCGAUGGCCUCUGUAUUGGGAUGUAUCUGUCUGCUGCUGCUGCUGCUACCGUUGGUCGCCGGAGUCAAAGAAACGGAAAUUGAUCUUAAAACUGCUAAUCAUGGCUUUAGUCAAGAUCAUGCAGCAAAAGAUUCACAUUCGGCGGAGACAAAAAAACUGCAUAAGGUACACCCUAAGAAGUAUAUCGAUGACCACAAAGAUGAUUUUUAUCAUGAGAAUGAGGAAAUAUCAAUCUACGAUAAAAAAUAUUUCGAUUAUUUGCCGGCGGAGCGAAAACGACCAAUGAAGCCUACAGCUGACUCGGGUCUCAUCAAACGAACCAAUAGCAGAAGACUUCGUAGGGAUACUAAAGACGCCGUCGAGCAGCCGAGAGUGAAACGUCAAGGUUGGAACACAUAUCACAUACCGGCUUUCCAGGGUUAUCCAACAAUAGUCCAACCCGGCAACAUAAUGUACGACCCAUACCACAGACCGAUGCUGCACAAUCAUUAUCUUCCACCGCAACCUGUCCGUCCCAUUCCUUCGCCAACCAACACCAAUCAGAUACCUGAUAGAACGUACCUUCCGGCCAACGCCCCAAGACCGCAACCUGCUGAUCAACCAGGUACGUUUGACUUUGGAAAUCGCCUUGGGGAAAAUGUGUUUGCGUUCGACAUAGUGUACGAUCCAAAUGUUGACACCAAUUACAUUCUUCAUCGGGGACCUCGGCCAACCUACAGUUUUCAAGGACUUCCAGCCUCACGGCCAACAUCAGCAACGAUGCGUCCAUUGCCGCCAGCAACUAUGCGACCUCUGCCACCUGUAACGACCCCGAGUGAUUCUUCCUCCAUCACCACCACCACGCCCCGACCAGUGAUUCAGAACAACAGUGACGACGAUUUCGAUUGGGCCUCCCUUGGCCUUUCACCGGACGCAGCAGUUGGAACACGACUAGGUGGUGAUACUGGAAACAACAACGACAACAGCUCCAAUCCCAAUCGCAGAGCCGCUCCAUCAAAAUGCACGUGGGCCAUAGCAAACUGUUGCAGCCAAUUUUCAGAUAAAAUCCGUUACCAUUGCUUUGAACAAAAUCAGUGCUUUGGAGCCUUUUGGGGUGAUAAUGUGUGCCGAACUUACUACAAGCUGGCGUUGACCGAAAUUGAAAACUACUACAAUGUGUUGUAAGUUUCUAUUACAUUAUUCAUAAUUCCCAUUCUGUAUUAUAGCUGCAUGUACCACUUUCUACCGUUUUCUGUGAGUAAAAUAUAAAAAACCUUAUGGCCAACCCGUCAA